AUGAGUGGCUCCUCACUUCCGGAAGGGCUCAACCCCGAGUACUGGGGUCCCCUCUACGCGAAUUCCACUAAACCCCUUGUUCGUCGCACGGAUAUCAAGACUAUAUUGCUCAUUGGUGCCGGCGCUAUCGUGAUCGGCCAGGGCGCAGAGUUUGACUACUCCGGCACACAGGCGUGCAAGGCACUUCGCGCGGAGGGGUAUAAGGUCGUUUUGGUCAACUCUAAUCCCGCUACUAUUAUGACAGACCCAGAAACUGCUGAUAGGGUCUAUAUCGAACCACUAACGACAGAGGUUUUAGAGAAGAUCAUCAUAAUUGAGAAACCGGAUGCGCUUCUGCCGACUAUGGGCGGGCAGACUGGUCUCAAUCUUGCAACCGCCUUGGCGGAACAGGGCAUUCUGGAGAAGUAUGGCGUUGAGCUUAUCGGCGCUAAGAUGGAUGCUAUUCAGAAAGGAGAGGACCGCUUACUAUUCAGAAAUGCCAUGGAGAAGAUUGGUGUCAAGUGUUGUAAGUCUGGUAUUGUCGAAAACAUGGAGAUGGCAGAGGCUGUCGCGCAAGAAAUUGGCUCUUUUCCUCUUAUCAUCCGUCCUGCAUUUACACUCGGCGGAACGGGAGGCGGUAUUGCGUACAAUCGCCCUGAGUACCUGCGAAUGGCUCAGAUUGGUAUUGACGCUUCUCCGGUUAAUCAAAUUUUGGUCGAGCAGUCUUUGCUUGGUUGGAAGGAAUACGAACUCGAGGUCAUGCGCGAUGGCGCUGAUAACGUAGUCAUCGUGUGCAGUAUCGAGAACGUCGACCCCAUGGGCGUGCACACUGGAGACAGUAUUACCGUUGCCCCCACGCAGACUCUUACAGACAGAGAAUAUCAGAACCUCCGCGAUAUGUCCCUUGCGAUCAUUCGAGAGAUCGGUGUAGAGACUGGUGGCUCUAACAUACAAUUUUCUGUCAACCCAGCGAAUGGUGAUAUCAUUGUCAUCGAAAUGAACCCCCGUGUUUCUCGGUCUUCCGCCCUUGCAUCCAAAGCAACCGGGUUUCCUAUUGCAAAGUUGGCUGCUAAGCUCUCCGUCGGCAAUUCUCUUGUAGAGGUGAAGAAUGACAUUACACAAAAGACCCCAGCAUGUUUUGAACCAGCGCUUGAUUACGUCGUCACAAAAGUACCGCGUUUCGCCUUUGAAAAGUUUAGCGGUGCAGUCGAUACGCUCUCCACUCAAAUGAGGGCUGUGGGAGAGACAAUGGCUAUUGGGAGAACAUUCGUUGAAUCGUUUCAAAAGGCGCUCCGCAGUCUGGAGACAGGACGCUCAGGAUGGGGCAUGGACGGAAAGGAUAAGGCUGUCAGCAGCAAAACUGCGUUGGAAAGCAUUCUACGCGUCCCAACACCUGAUCGCAUUUUCUUUGUGAGGAAUGCAUAUGAGAUGGGCAUGUCCAUUGAAGACGUUUUUGAACUAUCAAAGUAUGAUCCGUGGUUUCUGGGGAAGAUGUUGGAAAUUUUUGAGAUGGGAGAGAGCAUGAAGAAGCAUGAAUCUGUGACGGCAAUAGAGACGCAGGAUAUGUACAAGUACAAAUCGACUGGUUUCAGUGAUAAGCAGAUGGCUUUCGCUCUCAAUACUACUGAAGAUGAAGUUCGUAGCCAUCGCAAGCAACUGGGUGUGGUCCCGGUGUAUAAAACUGUUGAUACAUGCGCAGCGGAGUUUGAGGCGUAUACCCCGUAUAUGUACAGCUCGUACGACUCGAUGCGUUCUUGGGGACCAACAGUUUCCCUAGAUUCUGAAACGCCACCGCCGACAGGCAAAAAGAAGGUUGUCAUUUUGGGGCAGGGGCCGAAUCGCAUCGGACAAGGCAUUGAGUUUGAUUACUGCUGCGUCCAUGCUUGUUUUGCGCUUCGAGAUGCCGGCUUCGAGACAGUCAUGAUCAACUCAAAUCCAGAGACGGUAUCAACGGAUUAUGACACAGCAGAUCGCUUGUACUUUGAACCGCUGACUCUGGAAGACGUUAUCGGCGUUUUGGAAGCGGAAAAGCCAGACGGCAUCGUGGUUCAGUUUGGUGGCCAAACACCUCUAAAGCUUGCUGUUGCUCUCGAAGAAUACUUGGCUUCAGAGGAGGCUCAAAAAGCUGGACUGAAAUGUAGCAUUCUUGGUACCCCUCCGGACUCGAUAGAUGCCGCUGAAGAUAGAGAUAGAUUCAUGGCCAUUCUGCAAGAGCUUGGAAUUCGCCAACCCGCAAAUGGCAUUGCCAGGUCCUAUGGGGAGGCUGCUGCCAUUGCAGCAGAGAUUGACUACCCAGUUGUCGUAAGACCAAGCUAUGUGUUAGGUGGCCGAGGUAUGGAAAUCGUUUACAAUGAGUCUGAGUUACAUCGAUACAUGUCUGCAGAUGUCGUGGUUGAAUCUGAGCAUCCCGUUCUCAUCGAUCGUUUCUUGGACAACGCAAUUGAGGUAGAUGUCGAUGCAGUUGCUGAUAUGCAUGGAAAUGUAGUUAUUGGAGGAAUAAUGGAGCAUAUUGAAGCAGCGGGUAUUCAUUCUGGGGAUUCAGCAUGCUCUCUUCCAACCAUCUCGAUACCUUACAACGCUAUGGUCACUAUUCGUUCUUGGACAAUAGCUCUAGCCAAGCGACUGGGGGUUAUCGGACUUAUGAAUGUUCAGUGGGCAGUGCAAGGGGAAAGCGUGUUUAUUCUAGAGGCAAACCCGCGAGCAUCCAGGACAGUUCCAUUUGUCUCGAAGGCAAUAGGACAGCCGCUGGCUAAAAUUGCCUCGCUUGCGAUGAUGGGAAGCACCUUGAAGUCACUUGGAAUGGAAAAGGAAAUUAUUCCCCGGUAUACUUGUGUGAAGGAGGCUGUACUGCCAUUCAAAAAGUUUCCGGGUGCGGACAUUCUGCUUUCACCUGAAAUGAGGUCAACUGGAGAAGUGAUGGGAAUUGAUGACUCAUUUGCCAUGGCGUAUGCCAAAGCUGAGCUGGCAUCUGGGCUCGUUAUUCCGACGUCGGGAAGAGUGUUUAUGAGCCUGGGGGAUCAGGACAAGGAGUCUGCUAUUCCGCUUGCUUUUGACAUGGUCGAUCUUGGGUUCAAGAUCUAUGCCACUCGUGGUACGUACGUCCAACUGAUUGCUGGAGGUUUGAACCCGACAGACGUGGAAAUGGUUCUCAAGGUGCAUGAAGGCCGACCUCACGUGUUGGAUAGAAUUAAGAAUGGGGAAGUGAAUCUCUUCAUAAGUUCACCAAGUCGAAAACCCGAGGAUUUGGAGAGCACAAGAAUCGUGAGACGGUCUGCCCUUUCCUCCAAUAUCCCGUACGUGACGACGGUUGCUGCCGCGCGGGCGCUUGCCCAAGCUAUUCGCGUUUUGCAAACUCAAGAAAUUACUGUGAAAGCGAUGCAAGAUUAUCAUAAAACUGCACCGCCCGUAGUACUACUAGCGGCUGCGGAUAUCGCAAGCACCUUGUGAAUGGAAUUGGCAGCCCGUACUGGGGUGAGGACGUCGGAUUGUGGAAGGAAAGCACACAAAGCGAUCCAGUGAUCAAGGAUUCAAUAAACAAGGGAAGUUGCGCCC